AUGGCCGUUACCAUGGAAACCUGGAGUGGUUUUUACUGUCCACAAAGGAAGAGAGGGAGGAAGCGCUCCACCCAGGACACCUCCGCCCAGGAGCUAUCGCGCUUGGAGCUGGAGCUGAUGGCCUACCUGCAUCAGACCACAGCUGCAGCUCCAGCUCCAGCUCAAUCACAUAAUGAGCCCCGUCUUCGGGACGGGGACGAUGAUGGAGGACUUGAAGCCGGCUGGGACAUGGCAGGACGAUGA